GAAUUAUACACAACCUUCGAUCAUUUCAAGUACACGUUCACAUUUGUAUUCUAUGAUUAUGCGUUUGCUGUGAUAAAAACCUAUAUAGGACUACAUUUUGAUCGCAUGGCUACCUUGGACGUGGUAGUGGUUGGGGCAGGAAUAGAGGGGUCAUCUACGGCCUACUGGUGUGCCAAACAUGGAUUGGACACCCUUCUCCUCGAACAGUUCGCUCUGCCACACUCUCGAAGCAGCUCCCACGGAGGUGGCCGGGUAAUACGCUAUGCCUACGCCGAGGAACACUAUGCUAAAAUGAUGGAAGAGGCUUACCCACUUUGGGCUCAGCUUGAAGUAGAGACAAAUACAAAACUUUACAGGAAAACUGGUAUGUUAGUGAUGUCCGAUCCAGGAAGAGACAAUUACGAUCGGAGAUUAUUCAAUGUAAAGACCCUUGGUAGAUAUGCCGAGGAAAUCAGUCAUGAAGAGAGACAGCGAAGAUAUCCUAAUUACAGACAUGAGCCACACUAUAGCACCUUCAUCGAUAAAGCGGCAGGGGUACUUUCAGCAAGCAAGGCACUCAAGUGCUAUCAGGACUUAUUUAUAAAAUACGGAGGACGCUUACAAGAUGAAGAGAAAGUAAAGGACAUCAUACCGGGAGCCAUAGUGACAGUCAAAACAAGCCGAGGAGAAUAUAAGACGAAUAAUGUUAUCCUUACACCAGGACCGUGGGCAUCUAAACUCCUCAAACCGCUUGGUUUACAACCUCCCUUGACGGCAUUGCGGAUAAACGUGUUAUAUUGGCAGCCAAAGACCCCGGGCGCGUACGAUGAUUGGCCCAUGUUUCUGGACAUCGAGAAAGUCAGUAAUUACGUCAGGAAACGCUUCCCACUACUACACAGUACUCCAGCUAUAGUCGAAACAUGCAUGUAUACGAGAACACCGGAUAAUGAGCUAAUUCUUGACAGACAUCCGUUGCACUCCAAUAUCAUCAUUGGUUGUGGAAUGUCAGGGCACGGAUUCAAAUUGGCUCCAGUGGUUGGUAAGAUUCUAUGCCAACUGGCACUCGGGAAGACACCAAGCCAUGACAUCAGUCCUUGUAGCCUUCGACGGUUCAACAACUCUGCUCUCAUUCCGUCCACUUCGAAAGCGUCCAAGUUAUAGAUCAGAUCUGAAUACAGGGCCUAUCAGCGUUGCAUUAUGUCCCAUA